AUGGAAGACAAUAAUGAUGAUGAGGAUGUAAAGCUCAAAGAAGAAAUAGAAGCUGAAUUGGAUAAAAUCAGCAUUUCCUCCUUGGAAAAAGAUGAGGUUGAGAGUGAUUCAAAAUCAGAAACCCAGAGUGAUAAUAGUGAUACAGAUUUAGUUGACUUACCAGAAUCAGUUCUUCACUGCAUUAACAUAAUAAAGAACAAGAGUAAAACUGUUGAAGAGCUCAUUCUUCAGGACUUGGAAGAUACUGAUGUUUUAAACUGUAGUUGUGGAACAGCUUCUAAUAUUCAUAUCCAUUUAAGGAGAGGAUUAUCAACUGAACAUAAUGAAAAUCCAGAGCAGUUAAUGAAGAUAUUAUAUGAAAUAGAAAAAGAAGAACUUAUGAGAAGUACAACACAUUGUACCAGUCCUGAUAGGGUUCCUGAGGCUAGUCCUCAUGAUUUGCCUGUGGAUGAACAUGUUUUACCAGAUGAUGCUGAUAUAAAUUUUGGAUACUGUGAAGUGGAAGAAAGAUGUAGACAGUCUUUUGAAGCCUGGCAAGAUGAACAGAAAAAACUAGAAGACAAAGAGAAUGAAACUCUCAAAGCUCAAAGGGAUAGAGAAGAAAAGCAAUUUCAAGAAGAAGAAGAAAAGAGAAAUUGCUGGAUGAAACAAUUUGAAAUUGAAAAGAAGAAAUUAGAGACUAUUCAGAAGAAAGAACAAGAAAAGAUGAAUGUUGAACUUUUGAAAGAAGAGAAAAUGUGGAAAGAGAAAUUUAAACAGCAUGAGGAACUUAUUAGAAACUUGCAUUUACAAAUGGAAGAGGAAAGAACAAGAUUUAAUGACUUACAGGAAAAAGAGAAAAUGCAUUUGUUAAAACUGCAGCAUAAUGCAGCUGUAAAAAUUCAAGCUAAAUAUAAAGCAUUUGUGGCCUACCAAAAAUAUGGACCAAUCAUAAAAGAACAAGUAGAAAGUAAGAAAAGGAAGGCUCAAGAGUGGAAAGAAAAGGAAACAAAAAUACGACAAAUGGAGGAAGAAAGACAAAAAAGAUUAGAGGAAGAACAAAGGAUAGAAGGAGAAAUAAAAAAGCAGAUGGAAGAAGAAAGGAAAAGGAGAGAAAAAGAAUAUGAGGAAAAAAAGAGUAUUCUGAGACAAGAAAGAGAGCAACUACUAACCAAAGAAAAAUUAAGGGCAAGAGAAAAUGCAAGCCAACAGUUAAUAAGUAGUAGUUUAUUAAAGAAGGUAGGAUAUAAUGCCAAACAUUUAACUGUUGAUAAUAUAUCAAAGAAUAAGGGUGAUAUAGCCAAAAGACUAGUGGAUAAAAAUUUCAAGAAGCAGGAAGAUGUUCCCCUUUGGCUAGCUGAGAAAUCAAAUAAGAGAGAAGGUAUAGGCAGACAGCUUGUAUUAAAAGAAUCAGUACAAGUGCAAUCAAGAGAAUGUAUAUCAAACCAAGCAGUUCUGGCAGAAUUAAAAAUGAGAGAAGAAAAUAAAAACUUAGCAAUAAAACAAUGUUCAGAAACAUUGAUUAUGCCAGAAAGAAAAUGUGAAAAUAUAGACCAAAACUCUGAAUUGGAAAACCCGGAUCUGAAAGAAAAUGUAGAAGAACAGUUUCAACUGCGAGAAUUAAAGUCUAAGAUACAAAAAGAGGAAACAAUAGAACAUGCCAUAAAUGACAAUGUGGGACAAAAAUUUCAAAAAAUAAUAUUAGGACAUAAUCAAGAAAUCAAUGAAAUGAAAAACAAUGAAGUAGAGGAAACAAUCAAAGACAAUCAACAGAAAAAGCUGCAAGAAGUAGAAAAAGAAGAGAUACCAGAACAGGACAAAUCAUUAUAUGAAGAGAAUAAUAAUUCAAUUAUUUCAAUGAAACAAAUUCUGCUACCACUAAAAUUAGAAAAUUCUGAAGAUGUAGGAGGAAAUGUAAUACUGGAAAAUGAAAUUGGUUUAAAAUUCAAAGAAAUCAAGGAGAACCAAAAAGACAGUGCUCUCAAUAGUGACAUUGUCAUUUUUGACACCACUAAUGUCAUGAUAAACAUAGAAGGCAAAAAAAAUAAUCAAGAUUAUGUUUUAGGCAGACAUGCUCCUUGUGAAGAUGUGGGAGUUUAUAAUGCAAAAAGCUCCUUGGUUUCUAAAGAAGUAAACUCUCUGAAGUCUGAGAUUAAAGAAAUUCCAGAAGAAUGCCAUGAAAACAGAGCUGAAGCUGAAGGUGGAAAUAUCACAGCUUCCUCUGUACCAGAUUCAACACUUUUGUCUAAUAUUGAAGAAAAGAGACUAGCUUGGAUAAAAUCAUGUAAACCUUGGUUUGAAAUUUUCAAGCAAAAUCAACAAAAGAAAAUUGUUCAAAGAAAGAGACCCGUGAAAUGCUCAGCUAACGUGAUGCCCCCUUUGAAUACACUAGAAAUUCUUCAGUGUGGCCCUUGGAACACUUUACAGCAGGUUACAACAAUUACGUUUCAAGAUUUGCCAGGUUGUAGUCUCUCCACAUUAGCAGAGUGUACGAAUCUUCAGUUUCUUUCUCUUCAACGCUGUGGAUUAACUUCUUUGCACAGCCUGAGUAACUGCAGAAAACUUAAGUACAUUAAUGUGCAGGAAAACCAUAUUGAGACUAUCAUCUGUGAAAAUUUGGAAAAUCUCUGUGUUGUUGUUCUUAAUAAAAAUCAGCUGAGUUCUUUUCAUGGUUUGGAUGGCUGCACUAAUAUUGAAAAUCUUGAACUUUCACAUAAUAAAAUUACUCGAAUUG